AUGGAACACUUACUAGUCCUCACCACCGUUGAACGUAUUGGUGACUCUCUUCCUAACACUCCAUCAUCGCAACGAAGAAAAGGUUUCAAUUUGAAAGGAUACAUCAAAACACUGAAUGAAUUGAUUGUGUUACCGAAUAUUGAUUUGCAUAAAGUUGUGCAACCAUUGAUUGAUUUGUACGAUAAUGUCUCAAAGACCCCGAUCAAUGCAAAUCUGAAACCCAACGAGAAGAGAGUCAAAUUGGAGUUGAUCAACAAAUCUAAACUCAUCAUUCUGAACUUGUGUUCAGAUUACCUAAAUUUUGCAAUCGAUCAAAAGCAGGUUGUUCUUCCAAAUCAUCACUUCAACAACAUGUUUCACGAAUUUGAUGAGGAUGAUUUGUUGAUUGAAGAAAGUCGUGAUGAACAAGAUGAAGAAGAGGAUGAAGAUCUAGUUGCUCUUGUCAAAGACUCACAACAACAACAACAAAACUCAACAGGAACACCUGUCAUAACUGAUGAGAAUACUCUCUCAGUGAAUCAAUCUCUUAAUCAGAUUGUGUUAGAUCCAGCAAACACCAUCGAUACAAAUAGACCAAGAAGAAGCAGUGGUGUAUCAGUUUCCAUUGACUAUCUCAAUGCUCUCAAACAAAGAAAAAAGAAGGGUUCUGAUGCAUCAGAAAAGUUUAAUGUGAAAAGAAGUGCCAUGUCAUUCGGUACUGCACAAAAUAGGAAAGAGCUCGAUGAAUCAACAGCAAUUAAUUUGCUUCAAUUAGUUUCAACACGAUUGUUGUUACAACAUGACAUUUACUAUGAUGCAUCGACAGAAGAGUUUUCAAAGAGCUCGGUCAAUCAAUAUUUAGAACAACAAUUGAACUACAAAUGUAUGGAACUUUUGUUUAAACUCAGUGUUGCUUGUCCAGAAGUUGUUUUCAAAAGUUUGGUAGAAAAUGCGAUGGCAACCAGUGCUAAUAACAAUUGCAUGGAAGUUCCAUAUAUUACCGAUUUACAGGCAGAUAAGACUCCAUUCGUUGCUACGUUAUCUCAUUUUAAACUGAUUGAAUAUAUGAAUUGGGAUUCUCUCUUGUUAGAACGUCUCUUAAUAUGCAUCAAUUCAAAUAUGAAAGGAUUUUCAAAGUAUCUUGAAGUGUUGACUCCACCCGUAAGAUUAGCUAUUUGGAACUUUAUUUCAAACUACAAUGAGAAAUUUAUUGACAUUUCCAAAAAUUCGUUAUCCUCAUUACUGAGUGCAGCAAGAGAUGUCUUCGACAACUUGUACAAGCAAACUGGUAAGAAACAACGUUCCAAGACAUGGCCAACUCUUGCUACUCUCUGUGUGUUGACAGCAGAUGAUUUGCUCAAAUGUGUGAAAGCAGGAACUGCUAAAAAGUUUGGUGGAAGUGAGAAUAUGUCUACUUUCAUCCAUAAGGAACUUUUGAAAGCAAUGGAAGACAAAGAUAAGACGCUUAUUUUACCACCUCUCAUUGACAUUUAUAGAGGAAACAGUUAUGUUCCUGCUGAUAUGGAAUCUGCAUUCUCUGUUUUGUCUCUCAUUGUUGAAGAAAAACUUCUUAGUAUUUUGUGCCCAGAACCAGGUUCAGGAAAGAAAGAAAAAGACAAACACUACAAUCCUGAAGAGUUGAAUGAACUCGAGAUGUGGGUACAUUAUGUCGCUACUCUCUAUAGAAAGAGUCCCGAUAAGUGUAAACGAUCUGUUCUCAUCCCAAUCAUGACGGAAGGUACUCAAGAUCAAAAACAUAUUGUCAGCAAAGCAUUGCUUUUCUUGAUUGCUGACAAGUCAUCUCAAUAUCCUUACAAUAGACGAAUUGAAACAGAUUACAAAAUGUUAGCUCAUCAUGUGAGAGAAGUUUUUAAAGAAACCAUUGAUCAAUUCAAACUGAAGAAAGAAGAAGACAGUCCAUUGUUGACUCCAAGCGCUUCAUUCAGAACUCCAAAGAAAGGGUUUGCUGCUCUUCUCAGGGAAAAGGUCAGUGGUAAAGAAACCAAUUCUCAAUCAGGAGCAGCUCCGAAUUCAAAAGUUUUUGAUACUGUGAACACCUUAUUGCAUGUGUUUAGUUCAGACCCAAGAUUCUUCCUCACCAAAACUGAGAAUGAGACAAAGGUUCAUUACAACGAUAAGAACUUUACCAUGUUGGUCGACUUUUUCAUUACCAAUUUUGACCCAACAAUACAAGAUCAAAUCACUAGAUUAUUCCAAAAGCUCUUCAUGGAGCAUCACAUCAAGAAUUGGAGCGAUGACAUGUAUCUUGGUUUUUGUAACAUUAGUUCUGACGUUGUGUCUCGUCUUUCUCAAGCGCUCUUCAGUUUGAAUGAAAUUGACCAACCUCAAGGUGUCAAGUCAUUGCUUCACUUGUUGAGAAACAUUACCUAUCGUUCCAAGAAAUUCUACCUUAUGAACAGAGAUGCUGUCUUGCAAGUAGACAAUAUCAGAAGCAGUGGAAAAAGAUUGCAAAGCUUGGAAAUUCUGUCUAGCAAUUUAUUGAUUUACUUAUGCUCCACAGAUAAAGAAAUUUGGCAAUCCACCACAAGAUGUCUUAGAGAUAUUUGUGAUCAAGUAGAAACACUUGGUAAUCAAAGUCUCAAGCAUCUCAAUUACAACUUUUACAGACAAUUAUCUAGUGUUGAGUUGAAUGGAAAGAUUUAUAAUGAAAGAAAGAGCCAAAUUCAACUUUUUAGAAGAAUUGAAUAUCAAACAAAAUCCUAUGUCUCUGCUUUCAACGAAGUCUACAGAAGAUGGAAAGAACUUCUCGAACAAUUUGGUUCAGAAGACGCUUCAGGUUCAUCUAACAUCACAUGGAGAGAUUUAUUCUCCAACUACACAUCCUUGUUGUGUGCAUUGGGUGGUGUUUGCAUUCAAGAUGAAGCAGACGAAGGUAAAGAUACUGCCAUCACUGCAUUCCGAUCCUUCAUUUCUGAGAAUAGUGUGGACAACUACAUGGAAGAUUUGAUGAAACAAGUCAUUUCAGAUGAUGUCAAUGUCAGACAAAUGGUCACCAUCUCUGUCUCCACCGAUUUGUCUCCAACACUCUAUACCAAGUUGUUCACUGCUAUGAAAUCUUCCAUUCAAGAACAAUUAGGUCAAUCAUUCAAUAUUAGCUCUAAGAACAAUUUACUUGUUGAUCAAUAUUUGCAUAUUGUGAAAUCGAUUGUUGAAAGCCCAGAAGCCACCUCAGAUCUCUCAUUGGCUCAAGAAUUUGAUUCAAUCACUGAUCUCUUUGCCAACUACUGUACACAUAGUGAAUAUGAUAAUAAGGAAAUUCUGGAACUCAAGAAGAAAUUAUGUCAAUUCAUUGAUGUGUUGAUGAGCAAAGUUGAAUAUUUGACUUUUAAGAAUAUUGAAGAACAGAAAUUGAGAAGAGUCCUUUCUCAACAUGUUAUGGAAUGGACCACUGAUUCUGUAUUCAAAGACAAGAACAACAUGGGUAAUGGAGUUCAUCAACCUCGUGUUGCUUCUGAAACUUUACUAUUGGAAAAUAAUACUCAAAUUUCUUCUGAUGUCAAAAAGCUCUAUGUGGAAUUGGAUGUCCUUUGUAUGAAAGCAUUCAGUUCACUUGUGAAUGGAAUGAUCAUUGCAAACGAUGAAAAGGGAAGAGAAGAAUACUCCAAGUACUUUGCAUUCUUGUUGAGAUUCUUAGAAAAGUCCAAAGAAAGUCAAAUGACAGCAGCAAGUUAUAAGGCCUUCUCAAGAUUGCUUCAAACAAACGUAAGCUUUGGUUUGGAGUACUACAUGGCAAAGGUCUAUGACAACAACAAUGCCAUUCGUUCAACAUUCUUGAGUUUGCUCUCUGAAUUGAUUAAGAAAGGUCUCAUCAUUGAAGAAGAAGAGAAGGAUAAGCCCAAGGUUUCAGCUUCUCCCUACCAAGAAUUUAUCAAUCGGUUGAUCUUUACUAACAGAAAGAAAGCACUAUUCGCACUCUUUGAUAAAUGCAAGAAUCCAGAGAAGGAUGCCUUGUGUGAAGCUGUCAUUUGUGUCUAUCAAAGCAAGGCAGAUAUUGAAAAGAACUUGCUCGAUCUCUUACGUCAAAGUGUUGUGCGUGAAGUCAAUGCCACACCAAAGAACCAACCAGAGACUUUGUUCAGGGCCAACUCUACUGCAUCUAAACUCAUGAAAAAGUACUGUCAUCGUGUGAGCACUCCUUAUUUGAAGGACGUGAUUGGUGGAUUUAUUGACACAAUGGUUGCCCAUCCAACCAAAUUUGAAAUUGAUCCAUUGAAGGCACAACAAAGAGGUGAGAAUGUUCAAGAGAACAUUGAAAACAUUAAGGAAGUCCUCCAAGAAUUCAUUGAUUGCUUGUGUGACUCCAUUGCUCAAACUCCAUACACAUUCAGAAUGUAUUGCAGAUAUUUAUAUGAAGAAGUUGGGAAAAAGUUUACAAAACCAGCUGACGACCCUGAUGAACAAUUUGACUUUAAGUAUAUUGCUGUUGGUGGUUUCUUGAUUUUGAGAUUGAUUUGUCCUGCUAUCACUUCUCCAAACUUGUAUGGUCUCUCAGGAGAGGAUAUUUCUGCUGACUCGAGACGUUAUGCCAUUAUUUUGACAAAACUUGUUCAAAACUUGGCAAACGGUGUUGCAGAUGCAAAGAAGGAAGAAUUUAUGAAAAGCUUUGUUGAAAUUUUACGAUUGAAUAUCAGCAAGAUUCAAACAUUCUUUGAAAAGAUUGCUGCACCAAUUGGAGAAAAUGAAGUUUGCCCUCGCUGUGACGAGACAGUUACUGAAGAAGAACUGAAGGAAGCUUAUGCUGCUCUUUAUAGAUUCUUCUUCAAUUAUUCUGAUGCUCUCAGAGAAGAAUUGACUCAACUCGAUGCUGAGGAUUUGGAGGAUGAACAAAAACUCGUUUUAGAAGAAGUUGAACUUAUCGAGACUGCCAAACAAUCUGUCCUCAAACCACUCUAUGAAACUCUUGAAGACGGAAUUGAACAAUUCGGUAAGCCACCAGAAGAAGAAAAGUCCAGUAGAAGACUUUCAUUGAAGAGAGCCAAAGAUGAGAAUGAGUUCUCCAACACUUUGUUGCAAGAAUUGUUGAGAAAGAAUGAGAAGAGGGAUACCUCAAAGAUUGCUGAGAUGAAAUUCUUUACUAUUAGCGAACAUUUGAAUGCUAAAAGGACAACGAGUGGUUUAUUUCACACCCUAUUUAUUGGAUUUGACUAG